AUGCGCCGUGAGCCCUCAAUUGCAGCCCCGGCCCCGGGUCCAGUGGAGCUUGACAGGGAUCUCCUAGCUGAAUUCUGGGGGCUAAUUCGUUACGACGACAAGGUCAGACCGGCGGAGUUUGACAAAGAUCUUCUAGCCGCAGGUUGGGGACUAACCAGUUAUGACGACAAGGUCAAGCGCGAUGGCCCCGAAGAAUCAAAUCUCUUUGGCUGGCUGAUUUCCAUUCUAGACUAUACGGGAGAGGACGCCGCCACCGAAGCAGCUUAA